GCAAGAUGGCCGCCGUCGUUAGCGGCUCAGAUGCAGGCGCUGUGCGCCGUGCGGUCGCGAUCUCUACGCCGUGAGACGGCGGCAUUCGUGUCACAGUGGAAGUCACAACGUCCGCAGCCAACCCCAUCGCCGCGUCAUCCUUCCUGGCCCGAGAAGCAAGAUGAAAUUCACCGAACAUUUGGCCGCGCACAUCACGCCCGAGUGGCGCAAGCAGUACAUAUUGUACGAGGAAAUGAAGACAAUGCUUUAUGGGGCGGUGGAAAGAGCCCCAUCUGCCGAAGUGGUGGAGCAGAGCAUAAUUACAAGGUACCUGGCAUCGUUUGAUGAAGAGUUCUUCCAGUACUGUGACAAAGAGCUGGCCAAGAUCAACACUUUCUACUCGGAAAAACUAGCAGAGGCGACGCGAAAGUUCAGCAACCUCAAGUCUGAGCUGAACAACUACAUCAGCAAGCUGGAGUCGCACCGGCUGAGUAGCAAUGCGGCUGCCGCAGGAGGGGGCCGACUGGGUCUGAUGCGGGCCUUUGACCGGCAGGCACAGGAGGUUAAGAUCCACACACGCAAGAUUCACGACCUGAAGCUGGCCUUCAGCGAGUUUUAUCUCAGCCUCAUCCUCCUGCAGAACUACCAGAACCUCAAUUUCACCGGCUUCCGAAAGAUCCUCAAGAAGCAUGACAAGCUCUUGGGGACGAAUCUUGGUGCCCAAUGGCGCCAGGGCAACGUGGAGGCAGCACCUUUUUACACCAACAAAGAGAUCGACCGGCUCAUCCAGGAGACAGAGAGCUUGGUGACCUCCAUGCUGGAAGGUGGCGACCGACAGAAGGCCAUGAAGCGGUUACGAGUGCCUCCACUUGGUGAUCAGCAAUCCCCUUGGGUGACCUUCAAAGUGGGUCUCUUUUCUGGUGCCUAUAUCGUACUCAUCAUUGCAGUGAUCCUUUCAGCCACUGGUUCUCUCUGUGUUAUGUUCCAAAUCAUGGGUUCUCAAAGUGGGCUCUGCAGAACCCAGGGGUUCCAGAGGCCCCUCCUUGGGGUUCCACGAGGCACUGAUAAAUAUUCCCUGGUUCCGCGCUCGCCAAGUGUGUUUAGCCAGACGCGGGACGACUGGCGCAUCGUGUUCCGCCUCUACCGGGGCACACUGCUUAUCAUCCUUUUUAUGUUCCUCAUUGGAGUCAACGUGUAUGGCUGGCGGACAUCUGGUGUCAACCAUGUGCUAAUUUUUGAGCUCGACCCCCGGAACCACCUCUCUGAACAGCAUCUCAUGGAGAUGGCAGCCAUCUUUGGUGUCUUGUGGGCGCUGAGUGUGCUGGCGUUCCUCUACUCGGGCCCUCUGGCCAUCCCCACAUACGCCAACCCUCUUGCCCUGCUUCUGCUCAUGUUGGUGUUUCUGGUGAACCCGCUGCACACCAUGAGGCACCAGGCACGCUUCUGGCUGCUGCGGGUGCUGGGCCGCAUCUUCGCGGCUCCCUUCUUCUACGUGGGCUUUGCAGACUUCUGGUUGGCUGACCAGCUCAACAGUCUAGUGCCUGUGUUCAUUGAUGCACAGUACUUUGUCUGCUUCUAUGCCACGGAUUUCCAGUGGAUGGAGAACAGCGACGCAGCCCGCUGCAUGAACCGGCCGGUGAACCUUGCGCUGCGGCCCGUGUUGGCAUGCCUGCCAGCCUGGUUCCGGUUUGCUCAGUGCCUGCGUCGGUACCGGGACACGCGGGAAGCCUUCCCACAUUUGGCCAAUGCCACCAAGUACGCCACUACAUUCUUCGUUGUGCUCUUCUCGACCCUCUUCAAUGUCUACAGAGACAGCUACCCAUCAUCGAGCAGCCACCCGUUCUUCAUCUUGUGGAUCCUGUCGGCAGUGGUCAGCUCAUGCUUCACCUACACUUGGGACGUCAGGAUGGACUGGGGCCUGUUUGAUUCCAACGCCGGCGAGAACCGCUUCCUGCGCGAGGAGAUUGUCUACUCUUCCUCGGGCUAUUACUACUUUGCCAUCCUGACAGACCUGGCACUGCGCUUUGGAUGGACAUUGUCAGUGUCCCUGACGGAGCUUGGUGUCAUCCAUUCAGACCUUAUGGUCACCAUCCUCGCCCCCCUCGAGGUCUUCAGGCGUUUUGUAUGGAACUUCUUCCGGCUGGAAAAUGAGCAUCUGAACAACUGCGGCAAGUUCCGAGCGGUGCGAGACAUCUCAGUGGCACCAAUUGAUGCUGGAAACCAAGCACUCUUGGUACGCAUGAUGGAUGAGCCGUGUGGCGUCGUCAACCGUGGGGGCCGACGGGACCUUCGAAAACGUGCCAACAAGCAUAAGAAGUCAUCACCGGAGACUAAGAUACUUCUUGAAACUGCGGAAGGCGACGACACUGCGGACGUCUAGUUAAGCCUCAUCAGCUCGCUGCCUCACAUCGCUCAGGACAUCAUUUGGAGAAUGGCAACAGGCCAGCCUUCUCAGGAGAGUCCCUCCAUUUUCCUUUCACCCUAAGUCUCAUCACCAUUUUUUUUUUUUUGCUGCCAUUGUCCAUGGCUGUAGAGUGAACAGCAGGCUGACACACAUCCUUGCUUUGCACUUUGGCUUGCAUUGCUGGCUGCGUGGGUGAUCACAUCACUAAUGUUAAGACGUAUGUGCUUGUCUCUGGUCAUGCAAGUGAGGGUAUAGAAGUGUCUCUUCUUGAAAUGGUCUAGCACUGUACACAGCUGAUUCUGGGAAGAAAAUUUUUUUUAAUGGUUUCCUGAGGAGCAAAGAGCUAUAGGCUCUUUUUUUAUUCAUUUCAUCGAAAAUGAUGUGGAAAAAGCUACAAGAUUCUCUUACUGUAUUUUGGAAGUUUCAAUGCACAUCUGUCAUUCAGCAACUUGACAUGUCCUGUAUGCAUGAGACCGUAGGAUACUGGUACUUGCAGUGCCUAUUAUUACGCAAUGGAGGUAGAGUUUGAGCAAGCAUAAAGAGUGGUCUGCCUCUGACAAUGUUAAUUUGGCUUUCUAGCAGAGUUGCAUUUAUCGUGAGACCAAGGGUCAGGUGUUUAGCAAGCUGUUGCAUAAGUACAAAAGGUCAUUUCAAAUAUCGAACACACGUCAUUAUCUGCAGAGAAAAACAUUCUUGGCUUGCUCAUCUGAUGACAUCAGCAAUGAAUGGGCUUGCAGUGUUCAAAGCAAUAGAGCACAAAAAAAAAAAAAAAACAGCCAUCGUAGCAUGUUUCGAAAAAGCAUCAUUGCCACGUACUACAGCCAUUAUUUAGCUGUUGAAGCCACCAUUUGCACUCACUGCCGCCGUUAUUUCUACUCUUGCAACUUCUAGCCAACUUGCUUUUGUUGGGACAUUAACUAAUUGCAGAGCAAAAUAUUGCAGUCCUGGUCAGGCUAAUUGUCAUGCACACAUUGUUUGAAAAGAAAAUUCGAACAAAGCUGAAUGCAAGUGUUAGCAUGCUUAAGCUGGAUACCUGGGUGUGGCAAUCAUAAAUGGUUGAUGUUGAAUGUGACUGGCGUUUAUAUGUGUUAUCAGUGUUAUGUUUUCUGGGGCACAUAAUGUAUAUUAAUCGGCAGAGCACAAGGUGCGCAUCCCCUGUACAUUUUCUCAUUCUAGAUUAAGCCAUCCUCAUUGGCUAAUUGUGGAAAAUUCCAUGUAAGGUACAGAAGGAAGGGUAGCGAAGCUGACAAGAUGGCUGGAAGACUUAGGAACCAGCCUACGCUUUCUGUGCUAGGAACACACUCAGAUUAUUCUGUCCUAAGCACUUUUUUUUUUUCAAUUAUGUAUGGUUCACCAUAGUUUGUUUCGAGAAAGGCCCCUCAGCAUCGCACAGAUGAACACUAUAGUUGUAGCACAGCAGAAUACUGUAUUAUAGCAACUUGACCUCCCCAUCUCUGAGUGUAACCUGUGUUCAGAAUGUGAUUUGAAUGAUAGAGGCAUUGUUGCACUUCCUGUUUAGCUUACAACUGGCCAAUAAUCCUUGGCCAUCAUUUUCUAUCGCCGCCACAAAGUAUUUGUCUGUUGUCAUGUUUCGGGUAUCUUUCCAUCGUGCCUUGAAGUGCCGUUGUCAGCACAUGCAAGCAUGUGUUCUUCUUCUGUGAUCUUUUCCAGCAGUGUGCAGCAAAGAACAAAGCAAGGAUGGUUAAGCUCGUGCAAACGUUAGUGGCAAUUACCAGAAAGUGUUAAAGCAGUGUUCACAACAAGGUAGCCAAGCAACUUUGCUUGCCUGCUGCUCCAUUAGGUGCUUUUGUGGUGUUCGAAAACAUAAAAUACCAAUGCAAGUCUGCUAAGGUAGCAGCACUUCCACUUAAAUGGCUGUGCUUUGCUUUCUUUGAUUAGAACUUGAGGCUUUGUAGAAAGUAGUCAGGAAGUAGAGGGCUAAAUUAACCGAUGCAAUGCCAAGUGUUUCCGCAAGAGACUGCCAAAAAUUUUGCGACAGUACAGUAGAGAUUUUAUCCUUCGGCAGCACAUUAUUUGCAUUGACGGACAUCAGAAAUUGCCUGAUAUCAGUGGCAACUCUCUGUUUUAUUGUUUUAUUAACCUUUAAGUUAUUGAUUUUAGGGUGCAGCUUUGAUUUUAACGCACGUCUGUCCUCAUAAAAGUUCACUAGGCAGUGUCAAUUAAUGAGCUUGUCACUGAUGUUGGACAAGUUCUGAUCUCGGCCUGCAUGGGUAACAGGUUGGUGAAAAUGGCGUAUUCUCGAGUACGACAUAUUCUCAGGGAAUUUUUGGCAGUCAGCGGGGAAACAGCUGGUAUACAGAAGUAUGAAAAUGUCAGUUUGUGGUAAAUAAGACUGAAUUUGAGUUAGCUUUGCAUCAUACAGGAUGUGUACUGUCACCAUUUACAAUUGUUUUCCUUGGCCUUCAGUGACUAGGCUAGUAGUGAAUUUGCACAGUAGACUCAGAUGUAGUAACUCACACAUCUAGAAAAACAGGGAUAAAAUUAUGAACAGCUAUCUAGGGUGCUGAAACAGCUAGCUCUGACAGAAACAUAUGUAUUAGUGAUUUGGUCAGACUGGGAAGAAAAUGAAAACAAAUUUGCCAUAAGAAUCAGUAACUUGCAACAAUCAGCAAUGACAAGGACAACAGAGCUGUUUUCCACUAAUUGCUUCUUAACGAUUCAUCAUUGUUUGUUUAGCCGCUAGUCGUAGGUGUGAAAGCAUUGAAGUUGACCUCAGACAGUGUGGCAUCACCCCUGUUGCCCGACUGCCAGUGUGACAUCACCAGUCAGAUAUGAGGAGGUUAUAGGGCUUGAAUAAUUGUUAGUGAUGCAUCUUGCAACAGGGUUUAGGGCUAAUACGUAUCUGUAUUUCUGUAGACAUUUUAUUACAAGUUUCACGUAGUGAAGGCCCCGCAAACUAAGGGGGUGCUGCAAGUAAAAUCCAAAUCCCAGCGUUGGGGUAUGUCCCGAACCAGAAGUAACUAGAAGGCAAGUAAAAAAAAAGUGAAUUGUGCAAGUGAAUUGUGCUAAACAAUUCCGGGCCAAUUUUUCGACUGCACUAACUGCACAGUGCUGCAAUUACAUACCCGGUACAUCCAAAACAAGGUUAUCUUCCUCUUCUUCCACAGUCUUACUGCAACUUUUACUGGCCCACAUUGUUAUUCUCUAUGUUCAGCCAAAGCCACUUAGGUGAACUUGAAACCAAGGGGCAUUGUGUUAGCACCAUUGAUUGAAAUGCGAGUGCCGGUGGAGUGCGUGGUUCUUGCACAGCCUUGUGAAAAGCAACAAGGAGAAGAAUUUCUGAUGUGUCACAAUUGUAUGUUGCAAGUGUGGUCAUUAAUGUAACAUGUCAUAGUUGGUCACCAAUCCUCAUGGUCAUUGCUUUUCGAAAUGAUGGUGAGGAUUGGUGAACCACGCAACCUGACGUUUGCAUCUUAAUUGGUGUUGAUAGUAUAUAUGCAAAUUGCUGAUUGGCUGAGACACAUCUUUUUUGUUUUUGAGGCACAAUUCUUUUUCAAGCGACUCACUUGUUAUUCAUGCUGUUGCUACUUCAACCGUGCUAAAAAGAAAAAAAAGCAAGUCGCUGUUGCAACAUUUCUGAUAGUCGGUUCCAGAAUACACACACGUUCUAGAUGUGUUAAUAUUGCUAAUUUCAGGAGAUGGUACCAUAAACUUGUUCUUUGUGCUCCUGUGCUUCUCAUCUGUGGUUUAGAGACGAGUAUGACUCGUUACGUUUGUCAUUCCACUGUCAUUAAGCUCUAAUCAGAGUUGGGCAUUAUUUGCUGUGCAUUUCGGCAGUUCUUGCCUAAAGUGCAUUUUAUUUAGCUUUCUUUAUUUUGUCUGUUCCAGCUAUGCCUUUAGUCAUGUAUGUAUAUGAUAUGAUGCGAAAAGUGUGUUUCCUAUUGUAACCUGUGGCUUUAUAUUUGGUGCACUCAGCUCUGGUACUCACAUAAACAGCUUCUGUCCUGUGCGCUGGACUCGUUGCAACUGUGAGACAUUGUUUUAUGCUAGUUUGCUUUGUCCUGCAGUAUCCUUUGCCGUAUUUAUGUAGCACUAUUAUUUAAACAGGGUUUUAGAUGCUUACAGCGAAUUUUCAGUCAGUAUUGUAUUGGGGAAUGCAGAAGUCCUAACAUUUUUUUUUCUUGGAGCAUUUUGAUUGUGACACCGGUGUGCUAAUGUAUUAUUUACAAAGUUUGAUAUUUUUAAGUAGAAUUUUUUUUUUACUUUGUUAUGCCAUUUUCCUUCAAAGGCUUUUGAGUUUACAUAGAUUUAGUACUUACACUGAUCUCUCCGCUCACGAAUAAAUGUUUUUUAGCAUCA